GGAAUGACUUGCCAAGCACGGACAUCGUACACAGAAGAUGAAGUGUUAUGGGGUCAUCGUUUUUUUCCUGUGAUAUCCCUGGAAGAAGGAUUCUUCAAAGUAGACUAUUCACAGUUUCAUGCAACAUUUGAAGUUCCAACUGCACCUUAUAGUGUUAAAGAGCAAGAAGAGAUGCUUCUAAUGUCUUCUCCUUUAAUAGCACCAGCAGUAAGUAACAGCAAAGAGAAAACUCAUUCAGUAGACUGUCUGGACAGUCUCGAUGACAUUAGUACAAAAAUCCCUUCCAAACUGCAGAAAAUGACUGGUCGAGAGGACCUGCCAAAAAAACUUCUCAGAAUGAGUUCUACAACGUCUGAGAAAGCAUAUAGCAUGGGAGAUUUGCCAAUGAAACUUCAAAGAAUUAGUUCAGUUCCUGGCAAUUCAGAAGAGAAACUGGGGCUUAAAACCACAAAGAUGAUGUGCGAUCCAAUGAGUCAAUCAGUAGCAGAUUUGCCACCAAAGCUUCAAAGAUUGUCUGGUGGUAGGAUGGAUGGAAACUUACCACCCAAAUUACGGAAAAUGAAUUCAGAUCGAUUUACAUAACACUAACUUUUAGCCAUUUAUCAAAGCUAUGGUUUGGAAAAGAAAUCCUCAAGUUAAAUAUGGAGGAGAACCACAAGGAAUCGAUCUAAUGUAGAUCUUGCCAUAACGCAGGGUUCCUUGUUAUAUAACAUAGAUUGGGCAAAAGUGUUAAUGAUGAGGUAGUAAAGACUGUACUGUACAUAUAGUGCUUUGAUAUAAGACCUAUUUUUCUUUAAUGGUCUUACUAGAACUGCAGUAAUACUAAUUGGCAUGUAGUAUCACAUCAAGCAUGCAAUAAUAGUGUGCAAAUUUUGCAAAUAGUUUUUUGGCAUGUUUCAUACUUUAUAUUGUAUAAUCAAGAAAUAUGAAAAGGGGCAUUACUUUCCCCAUAUUUUUUAAGACUAGUAGUUCUAUAUGAAGAUUGGUUAACUAUAAGGGCAAGAUUAUAUUUAUGUUUAUUUAUUAUUUGGGUUUAGAGUGUAUAUAUUUGUCCAUGCAAGUCAUUUUAGAGCAUGUGUCCAUCACUGAAGCAGGAGCUAACUUACUAUGGGUGGACAAAUCAUUGGCUAUUCAUUUAAUGAAUCGCCAACAAUUUUCACGCCAUCAUUUUAACAAUUUUUGGAAACAAUUUCUAUUUUGCUAAGUGCAGAUUUUUCAACAUAUCAGGUGUUUUGUUACCUAUUUUGUGGAUGUUUUCCAGAUGUGAUACCAGGAACAGAGCCAAAAUACUCAUGGAAUGGCCAUAGAGGACUUAAAACACAGCUAAAUCGAGUGAAUUAAUUUUUAAUAUUGUUUUUUGUAAAAUUCUGAUCAUAUCGUAACUAUAGAAAACAAAAGAUACAUUGGAAUUUCAUUUGUAACAGCCUAUAUAAUGCUAUAAAGUCACUCUGGAACUUUUUGUUUUGCUGUGUAUGUGUAUUAAACCUCAAAAUAUUUGCACAUCCCCCUAUAAAAAAAAAACCCACAAUGUGAAAGGGCUGUCUAAAAUGUAUUAAACUAUCUAUCCUUUACUAAAACAAUGUCUUAUUAUUGUUUGAUAAGUCUACUUUAAAUCAUAAAUGCAUUAAACAACAGAGAGAAAAAUGAUGUCACA